UGCUGUGUAAGCGCCGCCCCGUCCCCCGGGUCAGCAGGUUAGGCGGCGCGGUGUACGGGGAGAUCGGUGAUCGGUAGGCCUGAGGGCGGACAUGGUCGGGUUCGGAGCCCCGAGGCGGACGGGCCGCCUCCCCCCAUUCGUCCUGGUGGCGCUGCUGGCGGUGAUCGGCCUCUUGGCCUUCAAUUACUGGAGCGUCUCGUCCCGGCAGGCCGCCCUCCUGGAGGAUCUCUCCGCUCUGCAGGAGCAAGUCCAGCGGACGGAGGUGGCCCGGAGCCGGCUGGAGAAAAGACACUCCGACCUGAUGGUGCAAUCCGAGAGCGGGAGGAGGCAGCUGGAGCAACGCCUGGGAGAGUGCCGGAGUGUGGAGGAGAGGCUGCAGAGCCGGGAGGCGGAGGCCCAGAGGUGCGAGGCCGAGAGGGAGAAGCUGCUGUCCAACGUGUCGCAACAGAUGGCAGACGUCAGCCGCUUAAAGGAACAAUUAAAUGAACUGCGUCAGGAAUUCCUGCGUCAGGAGGAUCAGCUGCACGAGUACAAGAACAAUUACACCUUGCUGCAGAAAUCGCAGAAGGAAGAGAGUCUACAGUGUACCAAACAGCUGGCCGAUCAGAAGCGUGAAUAUGAAGAGAGCAUUAAGACCCUGCAGCAGCUGGCAAGCAAAGAUAAGGAGGCACCACCUGAACUUGCAGGAGAGGAUGGGGGGGCUGACGACAAAGUGAACCCCGCAGACCCUGAAGUGAGAGACGUACACGUAGAAGACCCCAGUAACCGCGUGCAUUAUGAUAAAGAGGCUGCACAGGUCGGUGGUGAUGGUGAAGGAGGAGCCGGCGGUGGUGGUGAUGCAGGAAUGCCAGAAAUAGAGGACAGUGAGCCGGCACAACCAAACCUCGUCCCAACUGCUGUGAAAAAGGUGGAGGUUGGUGCUCUUCAACAUGACACAGGGGAGUCCGAGAAACGACCUUCCUUGCAGCCGGAUUCCAUAACUAAUGCACAAGUGAAGUACCUUCCUCCCGGGGCCAAUAAGGAGCUGGAUCCUCCGUUAGAAGACAACGCCCUGCAUUUGGGGCCCCUACCCGGCAAGCCAAUCCCCAAAGAUCCCAAGUCUCUGAUCUUUCCCAACUUGAAGCAAAGUCGGUUUUUUGAUGAGAAUGAGUCCCCUGUAGAUCCUCAACAUGGUUCUAAAGUGGCAGAUUAUAACGGGGAUGAUGGGAACGUGGGUGAGUACGAGGCAGACAAGCAGGCAGAGCUGGCUUACAAUGAGGAAGAGGAUGGUGAUGGGGGAGAAGAAGAUGUACAAGAUGAUGAAAAUGAUGGACAAGGGGAUGCGGCGGAAUAUAGAAAAGACCACUUUGGCGAGACCCUGUAACUUGCGACCUGGACAGAGAAAAAUGAAACGGAUCAAAACGUGCCAAGCGCCAGGGCUUUACUUGUACUGUAAGCAAAAGGGCCUAAAGACCAGCCGCCGGUCGUCUUCUAUACACUGGUGUAGGGGGAGCUUCUGAACUAUCGAUCAGCUGCUUGCCCCUCCCCCCUCCCCUUCUUAUGUUUGAUGGAGAGGCCCAAUAACAUUCAAAAAGAUACCGAAAUGAAGGCUACGCGGGACCCAGGCCACUUUUGCGGCUGUAGAAAGACGUUGAACUUCCUGACGGGUUCCUUUUUCUUGGGUCUGUAGGAUAUGAACCUUUUGCUGGAAAUUUGGUUCUCUUCUCGAUCUGAUCUUUGUAACGUCCGUAAUCAUGAUGCCCAAAACUAUCUGGACUUUCUAAAUGGAAAUGUGAAUACGUUCCUUUUUUUUUUUUUUUUUUAAACCAUGCCACGCAGGCUCUCUUCUGCCAGCAUGGCUCUAGGUUGGGGGACUUGAGGACUCGGUAUACGCGGGAGACGUUCGCCAACUAAAACCAGACCACCUGCUGUAGACCCCGAGCGACCAUGUGGUUAAAGGGGACCCUGUUCAUUGUGAAGGGUCCUGGAAUGUUGUUUUUCUGAAAGGGGGGGGGUCCGUUCUUCCUUGUGUACGCAGUACGGCCAAGUACCAAUCCCUCUGAGGAUAUUUAUAUAUGAUUUUGUAUGUAAUUUUGUGUAAAUAGAAGCCGUAAACCUACAUUUUUGUUUUUGUAAAAAGCAGCGAUUUGCGUCCGUUUUGAAGUCGGAGGUCGGCCAUGAAGAACCGCGAAUCCUGCACUUUACGGCUGCAGGUGGAUCGGAGGCUCCGUGGCGCGAAUCCGAGGGCUCCGUGGCGCGAAUCCGAGGGCUCCGUGGCGCAUUCCAUUCAUAAAGCGAUCUCGCGGCAUUUUGCUUUGAGCUCCUUGUGAGAUGCGUGUACACUACUUGUAUGUAUAUUUCCUGACGGGGGGGGGGGGGGGCAUUAGGUGUUUUUUUUUUUUUUUUUUUUAACCACAAGAGUCUGGUGAAGCUUCUCUCGGAGGAUGCGCUGGUUACGGCCAUAAUUAAGUAGCUCCAGUGCAUGAAUAGCAAUCGACUUAGACAACUAAUUGUUCAAUUUUAAAAGAGAAAAUUGUCAUUGA